AUGGGAGGCCUGCAGCAACAGGCCCCGCUCGUCAAAUUCGGGAAGUACACUGGAAAUAUCAAGCCCGAGAAAGUCGCAGACAUGGGAUUUUUAUUUAGGUCUUACACCACGGAUGCUGCUAUCGCCGAGAAGCCUGAAAUCGUCGACGCUGUCAACCUGACAGGCAUUCCCCUCUCGGCCGGCGAAUUCCUCGCCCUCGCAGGCUCCACCAGCAUCUCCGCCGAGGAAUGGGACAAAGCCUCCCUCCGCGUCACAGGAGAAAGGACCAUAUCGUCUGCAACGGCUACUGCCUAG